AAGACAUCCAGCAGCGGCCCAAUGCCUAUAGUCCCAGCAGCUUCGAUGUCGCGUUGCUGUCUAAUUGCAAGCUCUCUGUCUUCGCGUUCAGCUUCAUCGUUCUCUGUCGUUAUUCUCCAGAAUUUGAUAGUAAAAUUGUUAUUACUAAGCCAUAUGACUAAUUCAGUCACGUGCUCUUCAUACCGCCCGCGGGACGAAAAAAAUUCCGUGUGAGUUCCCAAAAGGGUAAACAGGACGAUGACAUUUCAACUUCGACUUCGACUUCGACUUCACCUUCAUCGUUUUGACACGUAAAUUCAUGAUCACAUAGGUCGGACAAAUUGGUAGUCUCAGGUGCCUGUGCUCCGUACAUGAAAGGCUAAUCUUUGACACACAAAACUUUCAGAGUGAUUGUCUCGCUGGGGGUGCUCCUUAGUAAGUAUCUAUUGUAACUUAUCUCUAGCUCUAACUAUCUCACUAACAUCACUCUGCAUAGGCCACCCACCCGGUCCAUUUGUUUCAGGCUCAGGAACACUACAUUGCUAGGGACAUGCAAUACUCACACGAGCCGUGGGCAAAUGGAAUAACCCACAGAAUUUAGCCCUUCCACCGACAUAUUCCAUUAUUCCCUAGGAUUUGUGACGGGUAUUUCCCCUGCUCUGCCGUCUCCUCUUAUUUGAUUAAAGAAUAUUCUUUUUUCCUGCUUAAUGUGCAUACAGAGAUCCCGCGUGGCUUAUACGCUAAAGCGUGACUAUGGGACAGGAAUUUGGUGGUGCAAGAGGUACGUGCAAAACCUCUGAUCAGUGUCCGGAUUCUCCAGACCCCAUGAGUCUCUUUCCAAUCAACCGAAUUCGACAUCUAGUUAACUGAGUUCCUCAGGGUGCCAUGCCACAACAUAAUUAGAGGCGACCGAGAGCAAUUUGGUUGCAGAUAAUUAGUAUAUCCGACCGUAGAUCUUCACCGCCGGCCCGUCUAUACAUAUUAGGUAUAAUGAUCCUGGGACCAGGCUAGUCGUCAGGGCAUAUUUAUAUCUCCGAAAAAGAGACGACAGCUGUCUAACCCAGGGUGGAAUUUAUCAAUCACCCAGUUAUCCCGCGUUGGUCAAGUUCUAGGCGGUGCCAUGUGACAACUCACCCAUCGAUACGACCUCUGGGCGCUGGCGUGCAACUCUAACUAUAGCUGACGUAUUAUCAUAACGAAGAGGCAGGGCUCAGUCGAUCGUCUCGAGACAGGUCUCAUUCGACGACAGUCUACAGUCUAAACUUAGUGUUGGCACUGAUGGCGCACUUUCACUGGAUGAGCUCCAAGCCACCGUGGACAUGGGCCAUCCGUUUUGCAAACUUUCCAGUUCCAUGGGUUUGAUAUGCGUCGAGGCUCGUCGCAGGGCGCCACUUGUCACUAUUCGUCGUCGACUAGAAACGAGUGCUAUUUCAUCCCGCAAAGCAAGAGAGCUGUCGCCUCCCAACUUUUAAAUCAAACGUGGGGUGACGAGACUGAUUAGCAAGCUUGCUGGAGAAUUUUAACUAGCUGAACAAGAAGCGAGGAAAAAAAAAAAAAAUGAGAAAAGCCUACUGCGAAGCCCUGGGAACCGUCUUAAUGGAUGGCCUAUUACCGGGGGGGUGGCUGACCCAAAGGUCUUGCUAGGGUUCAAUCACCGUUUCCAACUGUUUGGAGCGGCAUGGGAAGAUUGCAUUAGCGGGCGUUGGACUGCAGAAAACUCCAUUGUCAACAUUAUCUGUAUGGAUUUACGAAGAACCGAGUUCUCGAGGCCUCGCCUCGGUGGGUGGCUUUGUUAAUCAAAUACGACAGCCAGAUUAACAAGGCAAGAUAGCAUACGAUGCACAAGACGUGAUGGGCUCAUACUAGCCCCAGCACUAACAAACCUUCCUUUCCUCCAUCAGCAAAGGCUUUUCCUUGAUACAAACUUUUGCCCAGGUGGCCACAACAGGCAAACAUUGCUCGGUCGAUCGCUUUUUGGGUCAUGAAAAUACGUUAAAUUACGACUGCUGGUACAACCCGGUAUCAGGGCCUUUUCGGGGCCCAACGCACAGGUUCAACCUUCAUCCCUGGACGUAUAUUUUCGGUCUGAAAAGAAAAAAUCUUUGUAUAGGCCUGAUAGACCGAAAACAAAGGUUAAUUACAAAUUAAGCUUCUGGCUCUGUCCAUCUUGCGUGGUUGCAGGCCCUCGAGUGUUUGGUAGUUCGGAAACGAAUAUAACUCCCUCCACACCCCCAUCCACUUCCCUGGAUUUUCCAGCCUAAAAAAAAAAACAUUUGAAGGUAUUCUGUCGCUUCUCGAAUCCUUCAUAAAGCCAUCUCAUAGUGCGCCUCUUCCAUCACUUGAUACUGGUGUCGAAUACAUGGUAUGAAAAUUCAAGGGGCUCAAGUUGCGCCAAAGAAGCUCGUUCGAAUCACCACAAUAUUGUCAUCAUGACGACCAAUCCCGAGCCAGGUCCUGGUGGAAUGACCGACCCGUCCGCUGUCACAGACCAUGAAAUUCGUGCUAUCACGCCUGAUGUAUGUAUUUUCACUCGGGAAAGCGUAUAAGGAAAUGUCGGGAAUAAUGAAUAUUUUCAUUGUGGAUUCUGACCUGGUUUUCUUCCUAAUAGUCUGGCGAGUAUGAGAAGGACUAUAACCCUGACAGUUCCAUGUCACUUACCUCGAGUAUCACCGAUUACCCCAUGGAAAGUGGUCGGAGAUACCAUCGAUACCAUGAAGGAAGUGAGUUCCCGUCGCAUCAUGGAUGUCACUUCUUUUUGUUUCUGGCUAUCCCGUAGCAGUUCAAUAACCCGCCAGUAUUGCAGUCAAGGCUAAUAGCAGUUCCAUAGCGUACCUCUAUCCCAACGAUGAAAUAGAACUGGACCGAUUGGACAUGCAAUAUGAAAUAAUAAGGAUGGUAAACGGAGGACGGAUAUUCUUUGCGCCCUUAGAUAACCCAGAACGACUGCUUGACAUUGGUACCGGAUCGGGUAUCUGGCCAAUCGAAAUGGGUAAAUCUUCCACAUUUGCAUUCGUAUGAUCAACAAUCCGAAUCGACGCAUGCUAAAUUACUAUUUAUGCAGCUGAGAUAUUCCCCGAUGCUCAGAUCAUCGGAACCGAUUUGUCUCCUGUCCAGCCGGGACAGGUACCGCCGAAUGUUCAAUUUUAUGUUGACGAUGCCCAAGAGGAAGACUGGUUAUGGCCAAAGGAUCAUUUUGAUUAUAUCCGCUCGUCAAUGCUUCUCGGAGCCCUCAACUCCUAUAAAUCUCUCAUAAAAACCGCUCGCACAUACUUAAAACCAGGCGGGUACAUGGAAUGCCACGAAUGGGAUGUCGCCCUUUUCUGUGACGAUGACACAUUACCUGCACCGCAAGAUGACUUCCAAUGUCCACAUGAAUUCCAGAAUUGGAUCCAAUACUUGCGCCUAUCCACAAAAAAUCUGGAUAGGCCAGUAUUUAUUGUUGAUAAAAUCGCCGAUUGGAUGCGGGAGGCCGGCUUCGAAGAUGUCAAGGAAACCAUUACAAAGAUUCCGCUGAACCCUUGGCCCAAAGAUCCACAUCUAAAGCGUCUCGGUGCCUGGAGCGAGAGAAAUUGGCUUGAUGGCAUUGCGGCAUUUUCAUAUGCGCCUUUUGGGGCCCGCGGUCUCGGAUGGACCCAAGAAGAAAUAGAAGUCUUCUUGGUUGGUGUGAGGCGAAGCAUCUCGGAUCGAAAAGUGCAUUCCUAUCAACGGUUUCAUGUUGUGACUGGCAGAAAGCCGUCGUCAUGAGAAUAUCAUUAACCUCAGUAUCUUACACAGGGCACAGGGAACCGCAUUGCGGAAGGGCCGGCUUUUUGAUAUCUCGUUCUCUCUCUCUCUCUUUUUCCCCCUUUCUCCCCCUUUCGUCAACUGAACACUAUGCACACGCACUGGCACACGCAUACGGAUAACUAAUUAAUGAUCGUUACGGCCGGCGGCGGUUAAAAAUCCUGAGGUAAAAGUGUUUACUGUUUGCUCUUCUCUAUUCCUUUUGUGCCGUAUAUAAAUACUCCCGAAUGUGUUGGCGUUCAGCAGCCCUUUCCGUCACUUACCCUUCUUGAAAUAACCCCCUUCGCCAAUGUAUAUAUAUACCCUUGUGUCAAUUUCUAUUAGACCUCCAUCUUUACAUCUAUGCUUUCCAAAAAUCCGCCUUUCAUGCUAGAGUCACCAUUUCCAGUUUCCGUUAUCGGGUACUGAGAUUGGAGGACUAGCAUAUCAUCACCAGGCUACGCAGGAGUGGCAUUAUCAAGUUCUUUGCCCUAUUCUGUAUCACCAGUCAAGCAUUCCAUACUCCGUACCAUAUAUAGACACUUUUUGAAGCCCUACUUUUGCCCCUCCGCCAACUAUGAUUUGGUUGGCAAGCUACUGCACGAAGAAAGAAUAUUUCAGCGCUAAUGACCCCGGAUUCGGGUAAUCCCAAUUGUUAAGUAUCAAUGUGAUCUGUCGUGACUGUCUAAUGUGCUCCAUGCAAGCCUUCUGAAAGCAAACUGCAGGGUAGAAGACGAUGCAUUUCCUCACGAGACUAGUGGACUGGAUGGUUAUAGGACUUAUCGCACUAGCCAUGUUGAAACGUACCGUUGGCCAUUGCAAUAAAGGGGUAAUAUAGCAUAGAGUACGGAGUACUCCGUAUAGAUAGACUCUUGGACGGUGACGAGUCGGACCGCACUUCAAGAGCUUCAUGAGCUUAGGUUAGAAAGGACAAGGGGCCAAAAAAUGAGGGUUGCCGCUUUGAGAGAAGAUGUUCAUAGAAAUGAGCUCCUAGCCGGCCACAAUUUGAAUCUCGACCGAUCCC